UACGAAUCAAUAAGUGGUAAAAAUAUAUUGUUCCCUCCAUCUGUUUUGGUUUAAUUAAAGGGCGAGGAUUGAGUUGCCACCAGAGGCUUACUCCAGCGGUAUUAAGUCUUUAGAUAAUAAAGAUCAGCUACAUUGUGGACAAGCUGUAAGGGUGACCACAUCGUACAAACAUGUUGAAGAAGCCCAAACUAAUUGCUUUUGAUCUUGACUACACCCUGUGGCCAUUUUGGGUGGACACACAUGUGGACCCACCAUUUCGGAAGGCUAAUAAAUGGUAUUCCAGGAAUGGGCAGGUGGUGGAUGCCCAGUCUAGGAAGGUUAAAUACUACAAGGAGGUACCAAGUGUACUGAAGCAGCUCCAUAAUGAAGGCUAUGUCCUGGCAGUUGCAUCACGCACUGGGGAAAUUGAUGGUGCAAAUCAGCUCUUGAAACUCUUUGACUGGGAGAAAUACUUCACCUACAAAGAAAUCUAUCCUGGGUCUAAGACUACACACUUUCAAAGAAUCAAAACAAAAUCUGGAAUUGACUUCAGUGAAAUGCUCUUCUUUGAUGAUGAACACCGGAACAAAAUUGACCUUAACACCAUUGGUGUUUUAAUGAUAUUGGUUGAUGAUGGUGUGACUCAAGAGUUGAUAAGAAAAGGACUAGAAAAUUUUUCUGAACAGUAUGGCAGUAAAUAAACUAAAAAUAAGCUGAUGAAGUGAUAAGAAGGGUUACCAACCGUUUCCACCACUUGCCUAGUCGAUGGGGCAUGCAUGCCCUCAGCUAAGUACUAUACCACUCACAGCGAGGUGGCUACUCACACUUUGCUUGGGUUAAGGGAAAGACAGCCCCUACCUACAGCCAUUACACCCCCACCUCUUAGCAUUGCUUUUGUUUUUGCCACAUUCACACCAUUUAAUUCCAUUCCAUGCUUCCAUUUCUGGAAAUUUUCCACUAUCAGCACUAAGUUGUUAACAUAUAACAACUCCUAGGGUGGACCAGACCUUAAUUAUUGUAACAGUGCCUCGAGUACCACAAUAAAGAGAAGGGGACUCAAGAAAAAACCUUGAUGGACCCCCACUUUUAUAUAAAAUUUCUCAAUUUCUUCACUAUUCACUGUCACAGAGGUUCUUGAGCAUGAAUACAAUGCCAUAACCACUCAAACAAGACACUCCUCAACCCAAAACUUUCUCAUUGCCUACUGUACUGUACUACUUCACGUGGUAUCCUGUCAAAUGCCUUCUCAAAGUCCAAAAUUACAAGAUGCAACUUUCUCUCCUUAGAUAUUUCUCUUAUAUUUGUCUCACAAUAUAUUUUGCCUCUGUAGUCCCCCUGCCAGGCAUAAGCCCAAGCUGCAUUUCAUUAAUGUCCACUCUCUCCCUUAAGAAUUUCUCAUUCACUCUUUCCACAAGUUUUAUAAUUUGGUCUUACAGUUUUAGACUUCUUCACUGUCCUCUUAUAAGUACAGUAUUUAUGAUUUCACUCUUCAGCCAGUCAGCUGGAGCAAUAUAUUCCAUCAUAUUUUCAUUAAUCAAUUAAGCCACCUUUGUCACACCAGCAUUGGCUGAUUUUUUCAACAUUUCUGCAACUUCCAGAACUACCGGUACCAGCAACCUUUCCAAU